GAUGGUUUUUCUCUAAUGCUUGUUCAUGCAGGACAUAUGGCACUAUAUACAUUCUCUGCUUCCUCUGCGAGAUGCUGCACGUGUUGCAUGCGUGUCUCAUUCAUUUAAAAGUUAUUGGAGACGUUUUCCCAAUCUCAGCUUAACUAGGGCAACCCUGGGUUUGAAAGGCGGGGUGUAUGGAAUGUCAUGUAAAAAAGCGAUAGAUCUUGCAAGGAAAACCAACCACAUCCUAGAAAACCACUCAGGCAUUGGUGUUACAACACUCAAGCUUGAAAUUUGUGAUUUUCCCCUUUUCAGCACCUCCCGUGAUGAUCUCGAUCGUUGGCUUGGUAUUGCGGUUAAACCAGGGAUUGAAGAACUUGACCUGGGGUUUUGUUCUCAUGCUGCUAUGUACAACUUCCCAUUCUCACUUUUACCUGGUGGGUGGGACAAGUCGAUUCGACAACUUCAUCUCGCCAACUGUGCCUUCCGUCCCACGACUGGAGUUGACUAUUUUAGAAGCCUGACUAGGCUGGAUUUUGAUUAUGUGCAUAUUACAGAGGAUGAGCUAAGUCACCUUCUUUCCAGUACAGUUCAUUUGGAGAAACUGAGACUCAUGGCAUGCAACGAGUUAAUUGCUCUGGAGAUACCUAGCUUGCUGCAUCGGCUUAGCCACCUGGUAGUCAGCAAUUGCGGAUAUCUAAAAGUGAUAAGGUGCAAAGCCCCUAAUCUCUACAGUUUUGAGUAUAUGGGUGCCUUGCUACAACUAUCACUUGGUGAUUCAUUGCAAUACCUUGACAUCCGUGCUUCAUAUGGGGAUGUUGUUCAUUAUGCUUGUGCCAAUCUUCCGCAUAUGGUGCCAAAUCUUGAAGCUCUUUACAUAUCUUCGUCCUACGUGAGGGAUGCGGUGGUGGCACCUGGAAAAUUCCUCCAUGUCAAGCAACUGCUCAUUGGGGUUUUAUCCUCGGACUAUGAUUAUUUCUCUCUGGUUUCUUUUCUUGAUGGGUGUCCUUCCUUGGAGACUUUCAUGUUGUAUGUAAGUCUACAAAUAUAG